AACGAAAGCGAAAAGAGCUAAACUGUUCUGCGCAUGCUAGGAGACUGCUCACUCCUUCGAGCCUCAUAAAAUAUCUCACUGUCAAUAGCGGAAUAAUACAUUACUGUGAGCCAUCUCUGUAAAGAAAGAAAUGAAGAUCUUCCAUCCAACAUCAUGCCUUCUUUACGGUAUUGCUCUCAUUGCCAAUUUAGUUCCCGUCAGUGGAACAAAAGCGACUCCUCCAACCCCAGCUUGCUCUAACGAAAUUAUUGGAUUCACCUUGAUUGACCCGGAUACGGAUGCUGAGAUUGGUCCUCUAGGCGACUACGAUGAGAGUGCUUACCCGUCGGGAGUGAACAUUCGUGCGGACUAUUCUCCUUGCUCGACGGCUGACUUUAUUGACAGUGUUCGCGUGACGUUCGACGAUCCCAGUGUUUCGUUCUGUGAAUUGGAAACGCCUUACUCGGUCUUCCGCGAUUCUCCGGAGGGAGACUACCGUGCCGUUGUCAUUCCGGUUGGAGUCCACACUGUGAGCGCGACGCCCUACCUCAGUGCUGACUGUUCCUCGGAUGCUGGAGCGACCUUCAGUCAGACGUUUGAAGUGACAGCUAUUGCGGGACGCUGUGUAACUGGCUUUAAGCUUUAUGACUCUGUCAUGGAUUCGGUUGUGGCUGAUAGCAUCCUUACGGGUGGAGAAAUUAUGGAAGGUUCCGUGAUCCGAUCCGGUCGCCCAUGUAAACUGAACAUUGAAGCUGUUGCCGACGGAUGCCCCGGCUUUGAUAUUGUAUCGGUGCGACUGCAGUUGCGCGAUGCAACGACUAAUGCUGGCAUCAAAGGUAGACGCGAGAACGACGCGCCGUACAUGCUGUAUGGUGAUAAGGAUGGAGACAUUCGGAACGGUUCCGUGCCUGCUGGUAAAUACCGCAUCAGGGCCGCUGCGAUACUCGACGGAGAAAGCAGUUACCAGGAUUAUUACGAGAUCGAUUUCGAAUUUGAUGCCUGUGCUGGUGGUAGUACACGGUCGCUUCGUGGUAAUGCUGAUGCGAAAUAAAACUCAUCUAGAGGGCACGGCCCUUCACUCUUACAUCUCCUUCACAAGAAAAGAAACAGUAUCUUCUGGAAAGCAAUACGAACAGUCAAGCAACAUAUAAGGAAACUACUAAAGAUAAAGUACAUAUUAGGCUUC